AAUUAUUGUAAUGGAGCGUUUACUUACCACUUUCAGUGGGGCUAAUUUUACGUUUAAGCCCAGGACAAAAAUCACGCUUUUAGUCAAGUCUUUAUACCCUGUGAAAGCAAAUUUGACCCAAGCAGUUCCAGCCGGGAACCUUCCGUUCACCAGAUUUGUGGAUUAAUGAUGGAUGUUUUACAUUGGGAUGGAACCCUUUCUGCAAAGGAUUUCAGAAUUGGUGCUUUCGCGUUUGCUCAGAAAUGGGAAAGUCGUAACUUAGCUUUUCCCCCAUGGUCGUGGCUUCCUUGUCCUAAACACCCUUGGCUUGCUCCUCCUAAGGAGGAAGGCUACUUGUCACUGGAAAAGAUAUGUAUUUCCAGGCCAAAUGAGGAAGAAGAUAUUGAUCAAAUUAGUCAAAUUGAAACCGGGGAAGAAGAGACCUGUUGUUCAGGAAACGAAGAUGUUCUUGAUGAUGCCACAUUGGUUCAAAGCAAUCAUCAUGAAUUACAUUACUGUGACUUUCAAAUAGUUUACAGUAGUACAUUUAGGGUUCCGGUGCUAUAUUUUCGUGCUUACUGCAGCGAUGGAAGACCUUUGCCAUUGGAUGAAAUAGAAAAGGAGCUCCCUGCAUGCUCUUCAAAGGAAUUGUCAAAAAAAAAAUGGACAUUCAUAACUCAAGAGGAACAUCCAUACUUGAAAAGACCAUGGUACAAAUUACAUCCAUGUGGGACUGCUGAGUGGAUGAAGUUGCUUUUUCUCAGUGACAAUGCUAACCCUAAAUUUGAAGUGGUGCUGGAACUAUAUCUUCUAUCAUGGUUCUCAGUUGUUGGCCAAGUGUUUGGUCUUAGAAUCUCUUUUAAAAUCUCAGACUAGGGCUGGUAGUCAAAUCUUUUAAUAUAUAAAAGAAAUGCUACAUCUUCCAGCCAGUUUGAGAACUCAAUUCUUCCAAUACAUGAUAUCCAUACUGGAAAAUGAAAGCAUACAUUAUAUGCAUAAUACAUAUAUAUAUUCCUUGUCAUCUAUUAGCUUCAAGCAGAGGUUAACUGGGGACGGGACAAUAUUAGACAUGAUGCACAAAAAAGAUGACAUGAAUGUAUGAAUCUUCCAAGAUCCAUGUAAAUGAAUAUAAAACGUGAUUAAACACGUCAAAA